AUGGGCGAGUACUAUGCAGAUUUUGAUGCGUUUCUUGGUUCAAAUCAUGCUGUCUUAUUCACCAUCCCGCUUAUCGAGAAUAAGAGGCGGGGGUUGUUGACGCUAGAUCACCAUAUCACGAUAUACUAUCAAGACUGGGACGAAAGACCACCCAAGACUAACCAAUCGGUUCAGCACGCUGUAGAAGCCUGCAACGGUAUGCGAGUGCCUUGCAAUAUAUAUGGAGACUAUGUUGCCAUGAGUGGCAGGCGCGGAGAUCCACCAUUUCGAUACCUUGAUAUAGACUGCGCCGGUUUUCGACAUAUCCUGGGCUACUUCAGCACAUGUUCUAGUGGCGGCUCUGUUAUAGCAGUUCAAUUUAAAUGUCUCCUCGAACAGAAGCCCAAGAGCUGUGAAAAGUUUCAAUCUGUGGAUGUCGAUCGUGAUUUCCCAAGAAAUAGGAUGGUUUCGGGCCUGUCCAAGGCUCUUGGAGAUCCGAUGUGGAUAUGCAAUAUCAAUAAUGAUGAACUGAAGGAUGGAGUCACGCAACUAGAUCAGCUACCAGAGAACGCUUGGCAAAACCUUCAUGCUGAAAUUCUCUCCAUUGAUAUCGAUGCAAAAUCAAACAGUUGGGCUCUGGCUACUGACUCCAAAUAUAACAUCCGCGUCCUUACGAGAAGCGCCUCCUCAAAAGAGGCCAAGUACCUAGCAACACUACCAAGCGUAUCUAUUUUUGAAGGAAACACAUACGACGAAGCUACUCUCCGCCAAGCGUUUAAAGACACAACGCACGUGUUCGUCAACACUAAUGGAUUCGCCAUCGGUGAAAAAGCGGAGAUCUACUGGGGCAUCAGGCUCUAUGAGCUAGCCCGAGAAUUUCAACUCGAGCACUUCGUCUACGCUGGUCUGGAAUACGGUUCUAAGCUUGGCAACUUCAAUCCCAAGUACAGAUGUGGUCAUCUAGAUGGGAAGGGCAAAGUCGUGGACUUCAUCUCUGCGCAGCCGACAUGGCCUAUGGCCUGGUCUGUUUUGACAUCUUGCAUGUAUAUGGAAGCUCUGUCGGAAUUUCUGCGCCCGUUCCCUGAUCCUACAGAUCCGGACACCUUGAUUUUCGCGGCUCCUCUUGGGGAAGGAAGGUGUCCUCUUAUCUAUCUGGAGGAUUAUGGAGCAUAUGCAAGAUGGAUUUUCGAUAACCAGGCUAAGAGCAAUGGGGUCGAGUUGCAUGUUGCGACUGAAGAUAUCCGUUGGGAAGAUCUCGCAUCUACGUUUUCGGAAAUCACGGGCCAAAAGGCAGCGUAUAAGGACGUGAGUUUGGAGGAGUAUUUCAAGCUUAGCAUCCUUGAUCCGGAUGCGCUAGUCGGUCAUUCUAGUGAUCAAAAUGACUCGACUUUACUCACUUAUCGGGAGAACUUUUCGGGUUUUUGGAAUACUUGGAAGGACAAUUUGACUAAGAGGGACUAUCAACUCUUAGAUACAAUUCUACCGGAAAGGGUAAAGUCUGUAAAAGAAUGGAUGGAAAAGACAGGUUAUAGUGGAAAGUAUGCAUCGCUGCUGAAGGAUCGGCGGGACGAAGCUCGGAAGUAG